AUGACGUCAGUGAGUAAGGCGCGGCGAGUGUCCGCCAUGUCAGGGUUUCCUUUCCCCCAUCCGCUCUGCCCCCCUCUCUUUGGGUAUAAGGCAACCCAACCUGACGCCAGAAGUUCAGAAGGAGGUGGAUACCUGUCCUUUAUACCCUUAGAAGACCAGGAUAUAAGUGUUGAGGUGCGCUGCCCUGCGGCUGGUCACAACAGUAAUACCCACAGGUGCCCUGAGGCUACUCAAAACAGCAAUGCUCACAGCUGCCCCGGGGCUGCUCACAGCAGCAAUACUUACAGCUAUCCCGAGGCUGCUCACAAAAGCUAUACUCACAGCUGCCCAGGGGCUGCUCACAACAGCAAUGCUCACAGCUACCCUGAGGUUGCUCACAACAGCAAUGCUCACAGCUGCCUUGAGGCUGCUCACAACAGCAAUGCUCACAGCUGCCCUGGGGCUGCUUACAACAGCAAUGCUCACAGCUGCCCUGGGGCUGCUCACAACAGCAAUGUUCACAGCUGCCCUGCGGCUGCUCACAACAGUAAUACCCACAGGUGCCCUGAGGCUACAUACAACAGCAAUGCUCACAGCUGCCCCGGGGCUGCUCACAACAGCUAUGCUCACAGCUAUCCUGAGGCUGCUCACAAAGCAAUACUUACAGCUACCCCGAGGCUGCUCACAACAGCUAUACUCACAGCUGCCCAGGGGCUGCUCACAGCUACCCUGCGGCUGCUCACAACAGCAAUGUUCACAGCUGCCCUGAGGCUGCUCACAACAGCAAUGCUCACAGCUGCCCUGCGGCUGCUCACAACAGCAAUGUCCACAGCUGCCCUGAGGCUGCUCACAGCUGCCCUGAGGUGGCUCACAGCUGCCCUGUGGCUGUUCAUAACAGCAAUGCUAAUAGCUGCCCCUCGACUUCUCACAACAGCAAUUCUCACAGCUACCCUGGUGCUGCUCACAACAGCAAUGCUCACAGCUACCCUGGGGCUGCUCACAACAGUAUUACUCACAGCUACCCUGGGGCUGCUCACAACAGCAAUGCUCACAAAAGCAAUACUCACAGCUACCCUGAGGGUGCUCACAACAGCAAUGCUCACAAAAGCAAUACUCAUAGCUACCCUAAGGCUGUUCACAACAAUAUUACUCACAGUUACCCUGGGGCUGCUCACAACAGUAUUACUCACAGCUACCUGGGGCUCCUCACAAUAG